ACUUAAAUAAAGACUCUAUAAAUCUUGAGACUGAAGAUGCCGAUAUUGACCUCUAUUUCGAGAAAGAAUUUAACAAAGAGUUCUUGCAAAUUAAUGUUGAAGCAGUAAAUAUAGAGACGAAUAAUGAGCUAGCAAUGAGUCAUUUUUUUAAUCUUAGAUUGUUUGAACAAAAUCAAAAGGAUGUAGUUGAAGAUAGUUCAACUAUUAAUUCUCAAAGACCUACUAAUAAUAUCAAUAUCGAUUGGUUAGUUGAUGAUAUAUUCUUUUAA